GCUCCACCUGCUGUGCAGUACACCACCCGUUCAACUCCUAUAAAUCUCCACGUGAUUGUAAGAAGCCAAAGUCUGUGACCGGAAAAACUUGUUUCUUCUUAGCCAGAGUCAACAAAGGCGUGCCAUCUCUGUAAAGCACUAAGAAGAAAAGACAGUACAAGUUUACAGUACCAAACAGAACAAUGGAGCCCCAAGAAGGCUGGAAUACAUCAGAGAAAGCCAAACUGUUGCAGCCUGGGCCGCCACCAUACCAGGACCAUCUUAGCCACCCUCCUCCAGGGAACUUCCCGAGCACUUCUGGCUAUCAAGCCCAACAAUAUGGAGCUUCAGCGCCAUACGGCCAAGGACCGUAUCCAGGACAUCCUGCGGUCACCGUGCAGCCUGCAGUUUACGUGACUGCCGUUCCACUGAUGUAUCCACUGCCAGAUUAUCUGGGCUACUCCAUUUUUACCAUGCUGUGCUGCUGCUUACCUCUGGGCAUCGCUGCACUGGUUUUCUCUCUGAGUACUCGAAAUGCCAACAUGUCUGGACAACAACAGCUGGCAGAGACAAACUCCAAAAUGGCACUCAAUCUUAACCAUACUGCUCUUGGAAUUGGCAUCGUCAUCAUGGUGUUGUAUAUCACUCUCAUCGUUGUCAACUCUAAACACCAACCACAUCCAUAACUGUUCGAGACAUAACAAUUGGACACCAGGAAUGGGAUAGAGGGCUUUCCUAAAAUAACACUGUAUAAUGACAUAAGAAUAAUUUUAAACAAAUUUGCAUUUUCUUUGAGUGAUUCAGCCUGUUUAAUCUCUCUGGCUCAUUUCUAGUGUAAAUUAAUGUUACUAAAACAUGCUUUAAAGUUGAUUCUUAUGUUUCAAAACUAUGCACACUGUGACUGUCACUGUAGAAGUAUUGAUGUUUGUUUUUCUUCCUGUCUUUUGAAUGUGUAUUUAAUUAAAACUUUCAGUGACCAAUGA